CAACUCUCUCUCUAUAUGAUGAGAGUGAGCUGUCAAAUUCUAUCAAUGCCGAUUUCUCCUCCUUAUCUCACUACACUCCACCACCACCAGCUUAGAAAUUGAGAGAGAAGAGAAAGAGACAUACCCUCUUUUUCUACAUACGUUAUUUUCCUGGUUUACAGGCAAGCUGAAAACAAUGGCGGUAACGAUGAAGCACAUGGCACUGUUAGUAGCAUUCCUUGGAGCACUCUCCUUCAUACUUGGGGUUGUUGCUGAAAACAAAAAGCCUCCACAUGGAACUCCAAUAACCGGGAAGGGUGUUGUGAUCUGCAAAUACCCAUCUGAUCCAUCUGUGGCGUUGGGAUAUGCAUCCUUUGCGUUCCUUGUUGUUUGCAUGGUUGCUGGUUGGUAUUCUCUUUUCUACCCCUACAAAGGGAAGCACGUUCCGAAGGCAGCCUUAUUCCAAAACAAAGGCUUCCUUGCCUUCUUUGGUGUUGCACUGUCGACAGCUGCGUUGGCUAUCGUGAUGCUGUUAUGGCCUACAAUCACAGAGCAGCUUCACCACACAAACAAUGUUCAUCACAAUUUGGAAACCGCGUGCCCUACGGCCAAGACUGGACUUCUCGGUGGAGGUGCUUUUCUAUCUCUUGACGCGUGCCUCUUCUGGUUGGUUGCGUUGAUGCUGGCUGACAAUGCUCGUGCCGACUACUUCGAUGAAUCAGAUGACAAGGCUGCUGGAAGUUUUGAAGCUGAGCCAAUCAAGGGCAGUGCCUGAUAGCUACAAAUCAUAUUGUCUUUUCUUUUCAUUUUCUUGCUAAUGGAUAAUAUACAGUCUUUAGUCUUUCUCACUCUGUUUUGUAAGUAUCGACUCUGUUGGUUCACAUUAGCCUCAUUUCAAAGUUAUUAUAAAUGGUAAUCUGUGAAUUUGAUAA